UGGAGAGGACCGCGGGGAAUGAGGAUGACAGCGAACAGCGACUUAUAUAAAUUAAGCGCACACAGCCGCGGUUGUGUGCAGUUUGGUUGUGUUGAGACUUUAAUAUUCCGGUUCAUUGUAGUAGUCCUACUCUAAGCGGCACACGACGAGUCCUUUCUUGCAUUUCUUUGUGUUUAAGUGCAUAAUGGCAGUGUGAUUUUACUGCUCUCUUAGAGAGAAAACCGGUCGGAGGAGGUGAACGGGUUCGGGCCUCGACUGGAGGAACUGGUAUGACGUCGCCGUCCACCAACACAUUAAUACACCGGCUGCUGCUGCUGCGCCUGCCAGAAUCUCAAUGUGGGAAAUGACCGCGAGUGACCUCAAAGGAAACACUGUAUUUUAGCGACUGUGCGCACUCCCAUUUUAGACUACAUUGAAUUAACAUUUUAUGUCAAUUUUUAUUUUGAUAUUUAAGGGUAGAAAACGUUACAUUAGGGGAAAGUAUCAGGUAUACUGGUCGCGCUACUGUCUCACGAGCUUGCAAGCAGCGGGGCUACGAUUAGCUAGCUAAGCUAAAGUAGUCCGGUUUCUCAUCGCUAGCGGCCGUGGGGUUUUUACCGUAUUUUCCUCCUGCAGAUGCUAAGCUAAGCUAGGCUAGGCUAGGCUAGCUGCUGCCAUGGAUAAAGCCAAGUCAAUGAUGGACUCGAACGGAGCGUCGGGAGCCUUUCAUGUCAACAGCGGGCCGAGCCAGAGGGGGUUUCACAGCCCCAUCGCUGUGGUCGCUAACGGCAGCUGUUGCAGCAGCAGCAGCAGCAGUAAUGCAUUCGGCUCGAGCAGCGGAGCCAACAGCAGCACUUUUGAGAGCAUGCAUCAUCUGCACGAUGGGGAGUGCAACGGGUCCCCGGCCAAGAGGUGCAGGCUACGGCGGAGGACGGAGUCGGUGAGACGGAGCAGACCCCCCUUCCCCUGGUUUGGCAUGGACAUCGGUGGCACCUUGGUGAAGUUGGUGUAUUUUGAGCCAGUUGAUAUAACUGCAGAGGAAGAACAGGAGGAAGUGGAAAACCUCAAGUCCAUCCGCCGCUACCUCACCUCAAACGUGGCUUAUGGUAAAACAGGCGUCCGUGACGUCCACCUGGAGCUGAGGAACCUGACCAUGUGUGGCAGGACAGGGAACCUCCACUUCAUCCGCUUCCCGACACAGGGUAUGCCCCGUUUCAUACAGAUGGGUCGCGACAAGAACUUCUCCAGCCUGCACACAACACUCUGCGCCACCGGUGGCGGCGCGUACAAGUUCGAGAAUGACUUCAGGACGAUGGCCGACCUGGAGCUGCUGAAGCUUGACGAGCUGGACUGCCUGAUCCACGGCUUGCUGUACGUUGAUCGAGUGAGCUUCAAUGGACACCCAGAGUGCUACUACUUCCAGAACCCAUCAGACACUCAGAGCUGCUUGAAGAAACCCUGCACCCUGGAAAACCCUUUCCCCAUGCUGCUGGUCAACAUCGGCUCCGGGGUCUCCAUACUGGCCGUGUACUCUGAGAACAACUACAAACGGGUGACUGGGACCAGUCUGGGAGGUGGUACCUUCCUGGGCCUUUGCUGUCUGCUGACGGGCUGCGAGACGUUUGAGGAGGCGUUGGAAAUGGCCAGCAAGGGCGACUCCACCAACGUGGACAAACUGGUGAAAGAUAUCUACGGAGGAGACUACGAGCGCUUUGGCCUACAGGGCUCCGCUGUCGCAUCCAGUUUUGGUCACAUGAUGAGCAAAGAGAAGCGAGACAGCAUAAGUAAGGAAGACCUGGCCAGAGCCACACUGGUCACCAUCACUAAUAACAUAGGAUCCAUAGCACGGAUGUGUGCCGUCAACGAGAAAAUUGAGCGUGUGGUGUUUGUUGGAAACUUCCUUCGCAUCAACACAGUGUCCACAAAACUGCUAGCCUAUGCCAUGGACUUCUGGUCUAAAGGACAAUUACGAGCCCUCUUCUUGGAACACGAGGGUUAUUUUGGAGCUGUUGGGGCGCUGAUGGAGCUGCUCAAGACAACAGAGGACCCCUAAAGGAAUUUCUGUCGUGACAUCAUCGACCCUUGACAAGAUGAUGUCAUCCACCCCUGAACGCUGUGAUGUCAUCAACUCUCGAUGCUGUGACGCCAUCUACUUUUGAGCCUGCUGAAAGGUCCCGUUCACAGAGGCCGUAAAGGAACACUAAGAGAGAGAGAGGCGCAGAAACUGAGAAAAGCCAUUUUAAUAAUUUAACACUUGUAAAUAAUGAUAACCUCUAACAUUCAUCUCCUAAAUUUCCCAAACAGAGUUCCCCUAUCAUAGAGGUUUUAAUAUUGUUAUCUUUUAAUUUAUGGUUUCCUGUAACCACCUGUGUUGAUUCCUGUAAUCAGUCCUGUGUCAGGAAGCACAGAGACACAGAGUACGUUGGUGUUUUUUUUUUUUGUUACUGUGUUUGUGUGAAUAGCUACUGUAGCAUUACGUCCUGGAGGCUGUGGUGCCCCCGGCGACUAUUUGUGCAACAGUUCUUUAAGAUAGGAUGUCAGCACAAGAAUGAAGUUACUCUUGAAUGAGUUAUUGGGCAUUUUUUUACCACCAGAGACUCAAAAUUCAUUUUCUGCGACCACAGAAACAUCAUUUGACAACCAAUACCUCCUGCCUUUAUCUGUCCAGGUGCAGUAGCUGAAGCUUUCUGUAAUGUUAACGUCUGGUUUGUCGCUGAGGCUGUAAAACCACCAAUCACAUCGUCACUUAGCUCCAAGCUGCAGCUGGACAGCCGUUGUGGCAGUAGCUAAGGGUUGGGAGGCAGUUUGUUGUCACCUGUCUGUUGCACAAAGAGUUGCCCACCAUGCUAUAGUCUUCUAAGGAGUGCACUGAAGCCAAAUCCUGUUGAGAUUUGUACGACACCUGCCUCCUUCAGCUCAGAUGAGAAGCAGAAAAACUUUUUUAAUUCUUUCUUUCUGUUGCUCCACUGCACAAGGCCUUUGCUUUUUGUUUGUUUCUCCACCGUCUGCCUACAUGUAAACAACAUUAACAACACCAUCUUGCCACGCAUGCAUACCUAACCUGCUGAGUUUAGUGUUAGAUGAUGGGACCAAGACAUUGUCUUCCUACAGCUGUUGAUUUCUGUUGACUAGCAUCACUACAACUACAGUUCAGGAUCUAGUCUGGCUCACCCAUUUAAGUUUGUGAUUUUUUUUUAAAUAUAUAUCUGUAGGGAAUUGAGUUUUCUUUUUCUCUUGCCCUUCCCUGUCUCUCAGUGUCUAGCUCAAGGACACUUUUCCUCACCCCCUAGCUCCUCUGCCACCCUGCUGCCUUGUGUGGAUGUUUCAGUGUAUGCGUUUGGGCUGAGCUAAUGCCGGCUUUAAAGAUUAGAGAUCAAAUUUGCUCCAUUUGAAUCGUGACAUAAAAAUAGUUCGGCACCCCUGCUAUACAUGCAGAUGUGGAAGAACAGUGUAGACAAUGGGGAUACAGGCGCUUGUAGCAUGUAAAAUACACUACUGCAGAUUUGCUAGCAGCGGAAUCAGUUCAACUACUUUAGAUUAGCGUGCUUUUACUGUCUAAUAGGUGAUUGAUAGGUGUUGUGUAAGUGCUGCUGGGUAGAAGAUUCAUUACAAGAUAUGUUUUAGAAGUUGGCCAACAUUCUCCCGCUACAACCCUGAUAAUCACUUUUUGCUCGCCUUAGACCAUUUCAGAUACUUUGUGCAUCAUUUCAACCAACCCCUAAACCUGGGGUAUGGAACAUGCACACAAGCAAGACCUUAAAAAAGCUCUAGACAAGGAAAUGGCUUCAUUUAUUUCUCAGAUACACAGUUGUUUGCAUGACUCUAAGAACAAUGAAGUUCUGUUUGUCCUAAUCUGAGUCCACACUAGCAUGCACCCUAGAAGACCCUACUUUUUGUUUCAUUGUGUAUUUACUGAAUACUUUCAAAUUAGGCCUGAGAUUGUAGGAUGGAAAAUCCUAUUGCUUGUCUGAAUUGACUGUAAUAAUGCUCUGAGCAGAAAACGUCUUUCUGAUACUUUUUCAAUGAAUCUCUAAUCUGCAAUAAUUUGGGGGAAGUUGGAACUGUAAAUUACAUGCACACCUCAUCUUACAGGCAAGGUUCGCUUGUAAUUUAUUAUGCAUGACAAAGACAGCAGUGAGCUUUCUCACUGACAGUGAAUUAUAGAAUUAUUAGAUCAUAGCUGUUGGAGAAACAUGUACCACAAAUGUAAAAUUUCCUAUAAUGUCAUGUUAAUGACCCUCCCCCCACCUUCCAGCCUGGACCUUUACAGCCUUUCAUCUCUGUUUGUCAAAGCAGCUGAGCUAUAAAGCUGGACACUGUAGUUUCCACUGUUCACUGCUUUACAGUGAUUUAGCACCACUGUCUACAUGCCUUCACCCUCCAGCAGAGAAACUGUGCUCCUUUCCUUUUUUGCAAUCACUCAUUGUGUAAUUCACCUCCAUUUCUUAGUUUUUGUACUCUAGACUAUUUGUUGUUAAAAUACCUCCAAACCAUCACUACCAACACUUUUGGGUCUGUGAGUUAUCUGUGUUUCUGAGCCAGAUAUACAAGUGUUAGUUAGGAUUUCCUUGACAGGACCUUGGAGUUCUCAAAAUGUCACCACAGUAUAAUAACAAUGGGCAAACCCUUAUCAGCUAAUUGAAUGGUAUGCAAGUAUUCUGAACAUCUUAAUGACAAAAUCAAGUGAUUGCAGUUUUUUUCAUUAAUUUAUGAAAAGACACGCAUUUCAGUUGGAUUAUAGGCUACAUAGUUCUUAGGAAGUUGUUAUUUAAACUGAUGUUUUUAUCCACAACAACUCACAAUACACUAACAUUUAAAAUGUUUUGCUGAAAAAUUGAAUAUGCACAAUUUGAAAUAAUUAUGUUUGCAAAUUAAAGAUUGAACAGAAUCAAAAUAGAUGAACAGUGGGCAGUUCAUAACUCAUCAGGUACCAGAAUAAUCACAUUUUUACAGAUUGCAUCCUCUGUAGUCCAUGCAUACUAAAAGUUAAACACUACUAUUUCUCUACUAUGGAUGCAGUGAGAGUAACAUGCUUCAUUAACUACCUAUUGGCUUCAAUAAUCCAAAUGCAAACACUUAUGCAAGUGUUGAGAGUAAAACUGUGUUGAAAUACUGUUUGAGUAGCAAUGUUUUGCAACCAAUUUCCUCUGAAAACAUUGAGUCACCAGUGUGUUCGACCCAGCUUGUUCUUCACCUGUGACGACACUGCAUAUGUUCUUUGCGGGUGCUUUUUGUUUUUGCCUUGUUCCAACUCAUGUUUGGAUGAUAAUAGUGGCCUCGACCUGUCAGGUGCCGCUCUGCUCUAAAAUCAGGCUGGUGAUGGUUAUCUUGUGCCACCCCUUCUUUAAAUCUGAAAACCAACAAAACCGUUGCCUUCACUGUGUUUUUGCCUGGUUACACCAUGUCCGUGCCCUUCAGUUUGUGAUUUAAUUUCAGUUUCUUACCUGCUGAACUUCACCUCAGUGUUUUUGUAACAUUGUGUGUGCAGAUGGAUCUUAAUGUUCAGGGUUAUACUAUUGAUUUCUGUAUGUGUGUGUGUGUUUGUUUUUGCCAUUGUACUGUAACAGAUUCAGUGCAGUUAACAUCCACAUCCACAGUUUGAAUCAUCAGCAUUCACAACUCACCUGCUAGUCAGGAAUUUGUCUUAGUACAGAAAUAACAUAAUCUUCGACUAGCACUGCAACGGUUUUGGUAACAAUAUAUGAUCUUUUGGAAAACCACAACAUUCUUUAGGUAUCACAGAUCAUUAAUAAUGAGUCCUGGAAUUUGGAAAACUGGAGUUUUCUAACCUUGCUUUUCAUUAUGUUUUGGGGGCAAAAAGGUUUGGUUUGGGAACAUUUAUUUUUAGAAGGUAUGCCUUUUUAUUAUUUUUAUCCUGCUUUUUUUUUGUGGACAGUAGUAAGUAAUAAUGUUAAUUUCUCUCACGUGAUUUGUAAGUCCUGAAUUUCUUUUAAUGGUUUGAUUGUUUUUGGUUGGCACAAAAGAACCAGUGUGAUUGUUCCUAGAAAUGUAAAUCCACGCUGUCAUCCCCUAUCAGGCUAAAGACAUAACGUGAUUUGCAGCACUUAUGAAAGUGAUCUGACUGCUAGCUGUACCUUUUUAAACACAUGGCAUCACUGUCCUGCAGAACCUUUUACCUCAAAACAGAUGAACACCCAAGUAGAAGGUGCAUUUUAAAAUCUGCUGUUCAUCAUGUGGUACAGUCCUGGUGUCAGUGCUGCAUUUACUUGGAAAAGGAUAUUUGAAGACAUCCAUGAGGACAUUUUUAAGAUGAUGCAUUGGUCUGCACAAUAUAGAUGACAUGUGUUUAAAAGAUUGUUUAAAUUGUACCUGUAUAUUUCCAGUGACCGUGUAAUUACAAGAUAUAAUUUUCAUACUCAACUAUUUUGAGUUUCUAAGCCAGAGAUACAGACCGUCAUGUGAAUAGCAUGAGUUCAUAUACUUGUAGUAUUUUUUGGAUAUAACUAUUGUACUAAUAUUUACUGCUGCAUUUUCAGUGUUCUUGACUCCAAAAACCGAAAGAAUAAGACUAGCUGGAAUUAAGAUUCUUCACAUGAACUGUGUUUAUGUUUCCAGCAACAACACUCGUGAAUGCCACCAUUCAAAGCAGCAUCACAUCUUGCAUUGUAGUUGACAUUUUUGUCCUUCUAAAAAGUGUUUCACAUUUUCUCUAAUUACAGCGCAGACACAGUCUAAAGCGUGAAUUCAGUCGUUGAAGGAAAUUAAUUUUCAAGUAAUGAUUUUUCUGUUAUCAUGAUUCAACAAUGUCAACAAUAUCGCUGUUUGUCUGCUUUGAUAACAGUCUGAGCUGUGAUUUUAGAGUUUGGGAUUUGAAUCUCACUAACACUUUGUUUGGAGUUCAUUUCCCACUGGGACCAUCUGUACUCAUGUAUUACUCGCUACUGUAAGGAGCUUUGGCUGAAAGUGCCCACUGAACGGCAAAUGUUAUGUCAUCUGUAGUGAAAUCUAACCAACAGGCUAUGCAGUAUCUCACCCAUGGAUCUCUUUGUCCCUUUCAACACCCUCACCUCUUCUCUAAAGCUACAAGAGUUGAUUUGACUUGUUUGUAAAAGUUCUUAAAAAAUAUGCAACCCUGUUAGAUUUCCCCUCUUAGAAAUCCUGUUUGAAUCUUGACGGAGAGAGUUUCUCCUCCUGAUGUUUGUCCUGCUGAUUUAGUUGUUAACACUAUUUAAGGUGGAUGCUCGCAACAGGAUGUUUUAGGCCAAAUUAUGCACCAAAAUGAGCAUAACAAGCAUGUUUCCACAGUGUGCUCCGUGUGACCCAAUCAUGCUUAACAACCCUCAUCUCAUUAAAAAGAGUUCUCAUCUUGGUAUAAAACUCUAAAUACCCAAUUGCUGUCAAACCUCAUGUUGCCUAUUAGUAACAGUGACAUAAUGUUCCUUGUGACUUUUGCAUGUCCAGAGUUUUUCCACUCCAAUUUGCUAAACAUUUCAGGGUUUCCUCAGAGGUUCUUAAUCCGGUCAAACAUCCUGUUGCGUGAACACAUCCAGCCUUUAAACUGUCUUCUGAAAUGCUUGACUGGCAGGACAGACCUUUUCACCCUUGUGUAUUUGAUUGUACAGAGAUUUUGUAAAUAAUAUUAAUAUGAUAUAUUCUACACCAGCAAUCUGUCUGUUGAUAAAGUUGUUUCAGCUGUUCGGGGUCAGGCUUCCCAAACAUGACUCGGCACUUCAUUUACAAUCCCAACGCAGACAGAAGAUGUGACAAACCACUUUCCUUUGUAGCUUUAUCACCUUUACCAACGCCAUCAGAGCCGUGAUAAAUAGUAUUAGCAAAUACCAAGUCAGUUUUAACCUACUUGUGGUAUAGAAUUGAUUAUAUUUUUUUUCUCACUAGGACUAGAUAUAUCUGUAGAUGUUUUUCUGUGAUUGUCUAAAAUCUGAUCUGGCAUUGAAUGUCUGUGUUUACAUGUGUUAACUUCUCCAAUUGGAACAGGGUUUUGUUGCAUGUAUUGUCACUUUAAUAUAGUUUUCUCAAUUCCAUCCAGGCCCAUUAUACUUAGAUUAAAAAAUAACCAUUUUAAAUAAGUUAUACUUACUCUAAAUGGUGAUGGUGAACUGAAGGGGAAAUGUGGUAUGUUAAAUUAGACAUUUCCUCUACACUUUUAAGUAUUUAACUGUCCAGGUGUCUGUUUUCUGUCUGCGGGAUUUCAGUGCCGGUUGUUCACAUCGGCUCCUCUGUGAUCUGGAUCUUCGUGUGAUAGUUUUGGGAAGCCCAGUGCUGGUUGUUGGCGUCAGAUCUGCUGCUGCUUUUAACUCCGGUUUGAAAAUAGAAAGGGUUAAAGAGAAAAAAAAAUUACGGCUUCCUGCCUUGUGCAAUGCCUAUGUACUGAAGUGAAGAGAUUUUUUUUUUUUUUUCUAAAAAGGAAUUAAACUAAAACUGGAUGAGAAA